UUCAACAGAUUCAAAGGAAACAACGGCGAGUUCAAGGAAUGUUUAAUAGAAAACGUUAAGGGUAUGCUAAGCCUCUACGAAGCUGUGCACUUUGGGACAACGACGGAUCAUAUAUUGGAUGAAGCAUCACGCUUCACAUUAGACCACUUGGAGCCACUAACUACAGGUCACACAGCAAUCCCACCACAUCUUUUAAAGCUUAUACGCAAAGCUCUUCACAUACCUCAGCACCGGAACAGCCAAGCUCUAGUUGCAAGAGCGUAUAUUUCUUUCUAUGAACAAGAAGAGGACCACGAUGAAACACUGCUCAAGCUAGCCAAGCUCAAUUUCAAGUUUUUGCAGCUUCAUUACUACCAAGAAUUAAAAAUUAUUACCAUGUGGUGGAGGGAACUAGACCAUACAUUAAACCUCCCACGAAACAUCAAAGAAAGAACCAUCGAGAGUUGGUUCUCCGCAUUGGUGAUCAACUUUGAACCACAAGUUUCACUUGGGAGAAUUAUGUCAGCUAAGUUAUACUUAUUGAUCACUUUUUUAGACGAUGCUUGCGAUAUACAUGGUUCAGUAUCUGAAGUUGCAAGCCUGGUUGAUUGUCUUGAAAGAUGGGAUCCCAAUCACAUGGAAAAUCUCCAAGGUCACAUGAAGAGUUCCUUCAAAUUUGUGAUGUACGUUUUCAAGGAGUAUGAAGAAAUAUUGAGGUCACAAGAAAGAACAUUUAUGUUGGAGAAGAUGAUAGAAGAGUUCAAGAUACUCGUAAGAUCAAACCUAGAGCUUAACAAAUGGGCACGAGCAGGUCACAUGCCUAACUUUGAUGAAUACAUGGAGGCUGGUGAGGCUGAGGUUGGUGCGUAUGCAGCCAUGGCAUGCUCAUUUAUAGGACUUGGAGAUAUUGCUAAGAAGAAAGACUUUGAGUUGCUAAGAUCUAGACCAAAGCUUGUCCGCUCUUUAGCUGCAAAGACACGUCUCAUGGAUGACAUGACCGAUUAUGAGGACGACAUGAAGAAAGGAUAUACUGCAAACGCAAUCAACUAUUACAUGAAGCAACAUGGAAUUACCAAAGAAGAAGCCAAUACAGAAUUUAAGAAGAUGAUUGGAAAUAUCAACAAGAUAGUAAACGAAGAGUACUUCAAAAUGACCAACAUUUCUCGUCCAAUUCUUAACCAGUUCAUCGGUUUUGGACGCUUGUUAGACGUUCUCUAUACAGCAGAUGAUGUCUUCAACCAUCGCGAUGGAAAAUUCAAGGACUAUCUCUUUACUUUGCUCAUAGAUCCCAUACAUCUUUAGAUUUUGGUGACUUGGUAUAAUAUCAUUUUCUUUCUUUUGGGUUUCUCUGUAAUGUGUUAUUGGGUUGUUUUUGUGAACUUAACAGAGGUCCA